AAAUUUCACUACAAAUUAUAAAUUUUUUAUAAACUUUUUAUAUAAACUUUAAAUAGUCCCUUAUAUUGACUAUAUGAAUGUGGCCAUCUAAGAAGGGCUUAGGAGUACGACUAAGCUAUGGAGUAUCUGGGAAUGGUAGUGGAGUUUCUGGAUUACUGUCAGAAGUAGAAUUUGCUAGACGAGAUGGACCUCAUGAAAUGUAUGAGAUUCAUCAAUCACUAACAAAUGUAGUAGAAGGUCAAGUCCCAUUAUAUUCAAAUCCCGAGUUACAAGAGAGUGUUAAAGUAUCUGUAUCAAGUAUAGAAGGUUUCAUUCCUAGUAAUAUUGUUUCAUCUUUACAUCAUGAAUCAGAUGUAUUUACAUCAUCAAUAGCUCAUGAUCCUAACUUUCGAAAUCUACUAAAGAUAGUAGGAUUGAAAAUCAAAUCUACUAAUAAACAAAGUAGUUGUUUAGCUGUAUUAUAUCCUGGAGGUGCUUCAGGGAAUGUAUUGAAUAUAUCUAAAUUGACUUAUAUGAGUAUUGAUGCAGUUAAAGAAAAUAAUAAAUAUACUUCGAUAUUAAUGCCUGACUUAGCUACAUCUUAUCAAAUAACAUUCACUAGUCAAAUCAAACAGAUAGAAACUCCACCAACACUUUCAUAUUAUGUUUCUUCAUAUUUGGUAGUAAGAACUAAUUUCAAAAUAUAUGUGCUUGAUUGUUGUAUGAAUGAUGAAGGUAUUGAUAUUCAAGUGAUUUCAGAAAUAGAUAAUAAACAACUUUCUGGAUUCGAAUUUGCUGAUGUCCGAUUCAAUCCGUUUGAUGAUAGUCAAUUUGGAUUAGUAGAUAUUAAGGGUAAUUUUGGUAUUUGGACCGUAAGUCCUCAACGUGUAAGUAAACUAAAUCUUGGUCAACAGUCUAUCUACGAUACUAAGGAAUUAUCUAAUUGGAAAAGAAUUAUAUGGUCACAAGAUUCUCAUAAAGUACUUGUUCUUUCUAGAACUUGUAUGGAAGAAUUCGAUAUCGCUACUAAACAAAUGAAACGUAUAAUCACUUCUAAUACAUGGUCAAGAAUCCAAGAUUGCCAACGUGUUGAAAAUGAAGAUUAUGCAUUCUUAUUGACAUCCAAAGAAUUGAUUUGGUUGAAAUUAAAGGGAGGUAUAGAGAGAAUGAUUUCAUGGAAGCAUUUUCUUGAUGAUUCUGAUCCUUCAUUACAAUUAUCAGUCAGUGUAAUUAGUCAUCAACAUUAUACAUGUACGAUCUUUUCAGAAGCUAAUCCAUUAAUUUUUGUAUAUACUUUUGCCAUAGAGAAUGGUAAACCAUAUAGUGUUAAGGAUCCCUAUUGCAUUAAGAGAGGUGAAUAUCCUGGCUCACUCAAGCAAGCAUUAUUCAUUAAGGUCAACUUUAAUUUUUAUACCAAUGAGCAAGAUUCUGAUCUUGAACAGAUAAGAGAAGAUGAUGAGGAAUACAUUGAUUGCGACAAGUAUGUAUUAUUCGAAUUAAGUUCAUGUUUAGGACUCACCAUACGUGCAUUCAGUACCGAGCCUGGGUUUUCAAUUAAAAAUGAUGAAGAAAUAACUACUCAAGAACCAGAAGAGUAUAUUACUAGAUCUAAUCAAUCACAGUAUUUCGAUGUGAUACCAAACAUUCAUAUUCGUAAUAUUGUAGAGGCACUUAAAGUUCAUGAAGAUCAAUCUAGUGAUAGUAGUAUAGAAUCUCAGAAACAAUCUCUUCAAACAUAUGCUUACUCAUUAGGUGAGGGAGUAUCAAGAUUUGAUGAGGAUUUGGCAUCAUAUCUAAGUUUACUUGAUAUUUCAGAUAAUAUACCAUCAUUAGUUGAAGAUAUUGCUGAAUUAGAUACCAUGUUAGAGCAACUAGACUCUUUCUAUAAAUCCAAAGAUAUUCAAACCAAUAUCUUAGUCAAUACGUCCCUUGUGAAAAGGAAUCUACUCCUUAAUUCUCAAGAUUCUGAUUUACAAGUAUCGACUGCAGGCGAUCUUUAUCAACUACUCAACCGCAUAUACUGUACCAAUUCUCAUUUGAAUACACUUAAUACAUCCACUAGUUUGUUAAGAGCAUGUAUGCAACUAAGUACUGGACUCAUUAAAUCCAAAUCUACCAAUUUAACUACUAAACUUAAUAAACACUAUAAUGAAACUUUAGAAGCUAGUGAUGAUCAAGUGAAGUCACUCAUUGAUAAUUGGGAUUCUCAUGAUUUGGAUGGAAGAACUGAAUCUCAAGCUACUAUUAUAGAUUCUCAACCAGUCAUGCCUACAUUGGUACUUUCUCAACGUCAGCGUGUACAAUCGCAAUCGCAAUCGGUACACGUACCUUCACCAUUAUCGCAGUCUACAGUACUGAGCACGCACAAUACUCAUUCGCAAUCCCAACGUCUUGUUCGUCCACAAUCGCAAUCCAGUCAGAGGCGAAAGAAACGUAAAGGAGGAUUUGCAUAAUUGUAAUAUAUUAUUUUGUAUCAUUAAUUGUAUCAUUAAACUAGAUAGUAUAUAAUCUAUGUAUCAUUAUUAGAAUAUAGCAUUAUUAUAUAUAGCAUCACAUUAGAAUUAGCAUUAACAUUCAUAUUAGCCCGUAGCUUAACUUUGCUUGGUUAUCUAUCUUGUGUCAAGCUACCUGUUUCUUUGUUUAUUUCUUGAAUAGUAGUGGCUAGCAACUUGGGAUCCACG